CAAACUCAAAGAGCUUGAAAAAUGAGUACAGCUACUUUCGUAGAAAUCCUUCUGGCUAUCCUCUUGCCUCCUCUCGGCGUCUUUCUCAAAUUUGGCUUAAAGGUUGAGUUUUGGAUAUGUUUGAUAUUGACGCUGUUUGGUUAUCUUCCCGGGAUCCUUUACGCUCUUUAUAUCAUCACCAAGGACUGAUUUUCAUAUCUCAUCUGUUCUUUCCUCUCGGUCUCCUUGAGGAAACAGCUGUUCGUCGUCGUGAUCUCCCAUUGGGACUGCUUCAUCAUUUGUUUUAUCUGUUCUGAGUAAUUGAUUGUCAUUGUUGUAUUUGUAUUAUUAUAUACUUUAUGCUGAUAUAUAUGAAGAAGAAUUCGUUGGUUUAUGUGAGUAACUUGUUUAUUUCCGUGGUAAAAAUGUAGUAGAGUAAGUUUACAAAAAAAAAAAAAAUGUAGUAGAGUAGGUUUGAAUUUUGGACCACCACCAAAAAAAAAUUAAACCCUGCUUUAUAUAACUCCUUUGUCACACUCACAUGGUUCAUCUCAUCAAAAGCAAAUUUGUAUCAUAGUUGGUAAACUCACGUGGUCCAUGAGAAAUACAACACAAUCAUCACCCCCACCAGUUGUGAGCAACCCCACAUGAACACGGUUUCCGUGACGCGCUAGGCAAACUAUUCUUUCGUUUUUGGCACUCCUAGUGCUAAUUAGUAAUUUGGGAGUAUUAGGUUAUAUCUCGUUAAAUCCCUUUCGCCCUUGCUAAAUCAAAAUGAAAUAAUUCCUCAUUUAGCUUAAAGAAAAAGGAAGACGUAAGGUAAGCACCACGUUGCUCAUAAAUAUCUCUAUAUAGUGUGAGAUACAUGAAGGAAGAGUAAAGAAGAAAACACAAACACGCACACUCUGAAGCUUCAAUAACUUUCUCAAUAACUUCUUAAAGCUUAAGAAAAAUGGGAACAGCUACUUUCAUAGAUAUUCUUCUCGCUAUCCUCUUGCCUCCUCUUGGUGUCUUUCUUAGAUAUGGUUGCGAGGUUGAAUUUUGGAUAUGUUUGGUUUUGACGCUUUUUGGGUAUCUUCCUGGGAUCCUCUACGCUCUUUAUGUCCUCACCAAAUAAAUUACCAUCUAUCAUCUCUUCUUUUCAUUUCAUCUCCUUGAACAGCUGUUUCGUCGUGUUUUCACAUCUUUGUGUGACUAGGAUUCAUCGUUUCUUCAGUCAGGGUUUUAUCAUUGUUGUGUGUUGCAUAGUUUUUGUUGAUAUAUAUAAAGAAGAGAUCCUUUGUUUUGUGUGAAGAACUUGUUUAUUCAAGUUUUUCAAAUAUAUAAAUAGUUUUUUCUA